CACAAUCUUGUCAUCCAAAUGUAAGAGGACACCGCUUCCUGGUGUGGACUUAUAAUACCGGACUGAUGGAGGAGAGAGUGAGAAGGUAGACCUCAGUGUGACCUGGUGUGAUUCAACCCACGAGUCUGCGGAGAUAGUGAACAGAAGAAUCACCUUAUUCAGUCUGAGGAAUGUCAGCCAUGAACAAAUCUGCAGACAAUGGCGGCUCCUUCUCGUCAAAGGUCAUCAACAUUGUGUUUAUCACGCUGCUGUUGGACCUGCUGGGAUUUACAUUGAUUCUACCUCUACUGCCUUCGAUUUUGGACCAUUAUGCACAAACAGGGGAUGGUGUAUAUCAGUCUCUGCAGAGUGUUGUGGACUGGUUCAGGGAGGGUGUGGGGAUCCCUAUGGAAAAGAAAUACAACAGUGUCCUGUUUGGAGGUCUGAUCGGGUCGCUGUUUUCUCUGCUGCAGUUCCUGUCGUCACCUGUAACCGGAGCUCUGUCAGACCGCUAUGGCAGGCGGCCCUUGCUCAUUCUUACCACAUUAGGGCUGAUCUCCUCGUAUGCAGUCUGGGCCAUUUCCCGAAGCUUCAGCAUGUUCCUGCUGUUUCGAGUAAUUGGGGGCAUUUGUAAGGGCAACGUCAGCCUCUGCACAGCCAUCGUGGCCGACUUGCCUUGCCCGAAAGCACGGAACCGAGGAAUGGCUAUGAUCGGCAUUGCCUUCUCCAUGGGCUUCACUGUGGGCCCUCUGAUGGGAGCCUACUUUGCCCUCAGCUCCAGAACAGGAAACGUCUUCUACCAAACUCCAGCUCUACUCGCCUUGGCCUUCAGUGUGGCUGAUCUGCUCUUUAUAUGGGUCAUGUUGCCAGAGACGCUCACAAAGGAUGUCAAGGCUUCAUCUUCAGGGUUCGGGGCCUCCAGGGACCUUCUGAACCCGUUAUCUUUGUUCCAUUUUUCAGCUGUUACCAGAACAAAAGAUCCACCUCCAAAAGAACGAAUGCAGAAACUUCAAGCAUUGGGCCUGGUUUAUUUCUGCUACCUCUUCCUGUUCUCUGGUCUGGAGUUCACGCUGAGUUUUCUGACUCACCAACGCUUCCACUUUACAAGUAUGCAGCAGGGAAAGAUGUUCUUCUUCAUUGGUGUCAUCAUGGCUUUGAUCCAGGGGGGUUAUGCUCGCAGAAUCAAACCUGGCCAGCAUAUCAAGGCUGUUCAAGUGGCAAUCAUAACAUUAAUCCCAGCGUUUAUUCUCAUCGGGCUCUCAUGGAAUAUAACAAUGCUUUACGUCGGCUUGGCGUUAUACUCAUUUGCGGCUGCAAUAGUUGUUCCAUGCCUGUCGACGCUUGUUUCUGACCACGGGUCGGCCAAUCAGAAGGGCACAGUGAUGGGGAUUCUGCGUAGUUUGGGCGCUUUAGCCAGAGCACUGGGACCGGUUCUGGCAUCCUCUGUUUACUGGAUAGCUGGAGCUCAGAUCUGCUUUUUCCUCACUUCGGCCUCUUUCAUUAUUCCUCUGGCUCUCCUGAGAACAGCCAGAAGUCUAAAGGAGGAGUGAGAGACAGAGACUCUGAUUGCAGAGACAUUUUAUAGUUUAAAUGAAUGUUAUGAUGUUUACAAACAAGCACUGAUGUCUUACUGUGACAUGAACAAUAAUAAUAAUGAGAUGUGUACUUUCUGCGCUGUAAGCCGAGGAUCAUCCCAUGGAACAAAAUAAUACAAGAAGAUGAGGCUCAUGCCAAAACCGAGGGACAUUAUUGAACAAAUGAGAAAUAAGUGGACAUCAUGCCUUUUUAAUGAGCACAUGUAGACCUGUGCAUAUUGUGAAAUGUAUGGGUAUGGGUAUGUAUGGGUUAGGUUGGGUUAACGUUUAUGCUCAUAGAUAUCAUUUUAUAAUGCAGUAUUUUAUCAAAUACUCAGAUUUUAUAUUUUACAAAGCAGCAUUUUAUUUUAGUUUUAAAAAUGUGAAUAUUGUAUUUUCUUUUUAUAAAAAAGAGUUAACGAGCAAGUCAAUAUCUAUUAUGGAUAAUUAUUAUUAUCUUACCCUAAAGAUUGUACAAAAAGGUUUUCAAUAAACUUUAUUGCAAUGGUGGAAAGUAACCAAGUA